AUCUCAAUUUUAUGUCCAAAAGGGAAAAAGGAAAAGACGAAACGCUAAAAAGAAUUAAAGGGUGCAAGAAAUUCAAAUGCAACAAUUUUUUUGUGGUAUUAUUAUUUCAUCCACUCAAUUCAUUGGUGUUUUUGCAAAACACGAAUCCCAUCUCUAAUUUUGGAUUGUACUUCGUACUUCGUACUUCCACUUCAACUUCAACUCCUCUUCUUUCUCAAAACAAAAAAGAUACCAACUUUAAUGCCAAAUUGACAACAAAAUCAGUUCUUUUCUGCCUCGGGUCAAUUCAAAGUAUUCAACUUGCUUAAGUUGAGGAUGAUUUUUGUCUGGGGAAGAUGAUGAUUUGAGCAAUUCCCUGGAGUGGGUUCUUGAUUUCUGGGGGACAUUUUGUGGUUUUAGCAAGUAAAUUGAGCUGAGGAUGAUGUCAAUGACAUGCCAUAAUCUUGAAUUUGUGAGGACAAGGUUGGAUUUUGUGGCUUGUGGUUGCUUUUCCAGUUCAUCAUUUGACAGGCUCCAUGUAAAGGAUUCUAAAAAGGGAUUGCUUAGAAGUGUCCAUAGAGGCUAUAAAGCUCGGAAAUUGCAGUGUUGCCGCCGGGAUGUUGGCCGGUGCCGUGUCUUCUCAACUAAGACCCCGGAGGCUUUACUCGGUGGCGUAGUUCCAGGUCCUCCUCCAGCAUUGGAUUUGAUGAGAGAGUCGACAAGCCCUAUUUCACUUCCACACUUGUUUGAAGCUGUUGCUGAUGAUCUUCAAACAUUGAACAAAAAUUUACUUUCAAUUGUUGGUGCAGAAAACCCCGUCUUGAUGGCAGCUGCAAAGCAGAUUUUUGGUGCUGGUGGCAAGAGGAUGAGACCUGCACUAGUUUUCUUAGUGUCACGAGCCACUGCUGAAAUUGCUGGUUUGAAAGAUCUUACCAAAGAACACAAACGAUUGGCUGAGAUCAUUGAAAUGAUCCACACGGCAAGUUUGAUUCAUGAUGAUGUGUUAGAUGAAAGUGACAUGAGAAGAGGGAAGGAAACUGUUCAUCAAUUAUAUGGUACUAGAGUGGCUGUGCUGGCUGGAGAUUUCAUGUUUGCACAAUCAUCAUGGUACCUGGCUAACCUUGAGAACAUUGAGGUCAUCAAGCUCAUCAGUCAGGUUAUUAAAGACUUUGCAAGCGGUGAAAUAAAGCAGGCAUCCAGCUUAUUUGACUGUGAUGUUGAACUUGACGAGUACUUAAUCAAGAGUUACUACAAAACAGCCUCCUUGAUUUCUGCAAGCACCAAAGGUGCAGCCAUUUUUAGUGGGGUUGACAGUGAUGCUUGUGAGAGUAUGUACCAAUAUGGCAAGAACCUCGGUCUAUCCUUUCAAGUUGUUGAUGAUGUAUUGGACUUUACUCAAUCUGCUGAGCAGCUGGGGAAACCAGCAGGAAGUGACUUGGCAAAAGGAAAUCUGACUGCUCCAGUAAUUUUUGCACUGGAGAAAGAGUCAAAACUAAGGGAUAUGAUUGAAUCUGAAUUUUGUGAAGCUGGAUCUCUCGAGGAAGCCAUUAAUGUGGUAAAGAGCUCUGGAGGCAUUGAGAGAGCACAAGAGUUGGCAAAAGAGAAAGGCGAUCUCGCAAUCCAAAAUCUGCAAUGCCUACCGUCUAGUCCCUACCGACUUGCUCUGGAGGAAUUUGUAAAAUACAAUCUUAAACGUAUUGCAUAAAUGGAUAUAUCUUUGACACUAAAGGCUAAAUCUAGACGUCUUGUCUUCUACAUUCUUUACGGGAAUUUGUUCGAGCCAAGUGAAGGGGUGGUCAAGGAGGAUCCUGUUUUGACUGCUGGUUGCUUCUCCGUUGAAUAGAUUUUAUCAAGGAGAAGCUGUUGUAUGCUGUAAAAGAUUCCCAGCCAUCACUUGAGCUCUUAUUCCAGCGAGUUCCACUUUCUUGGGGGCAUAUUGGCGGGCAGACUGAUCUGAAAUUGCCUUGUGAUUGUACGCUAAAGGGUAGCCUCAUACUUAAUACUCAGCAACACUCUUUCUGAGUCCAUUGUUCACUGUUUAUUUCUUCACCUUUUCCCCUCGUCCCUCUUGUUAGGAGAAAGGUAUAGGCUAUGUAUCUCAAUUAGACAGCAGUGAAUUUAAACUUGGAACUUUCAUCUCGCUAAAGUACAAGUACAUUAUCCUGCCUCAGCCAAUGGAAUUCUUGUUAACUAUGUUGAUCUUCUUUGAAAUUUGUUACCAUAUGAUCUUGCAAAUUUUAAACCAA